AUGAGGCGGCUGUUGCUGCCCCUGCCCUGCCUGCUGCUGCUGGCCGAGGUUGGGCUGCAUGAGAUAGCUGAACUAGCAGAAAGCUAUUCCCAUUAUUCUGACAGGGAAGUUCUCCGCCGAAUUAUCUCCUUAAACAAAUUUGCUGUGCAGUCAGAGCCCAGCCCAGUCCUUACUCUAAAGGCAGAACAUGUUGGUGCCACUUCUGUCAGCUUAUCAUGGACAGUGAACAGCACCACUUCUAACUCCUACACAUACAGGAUAGAGGUUGUAAAUGAUAACUCUAUUAUGAACCUGACAUCCAAUGUCACCGAAGCUGAAAUUACUGAGUUAAUCCCUGGAACAAUGUACAGUUUCACAGUGUUUGCAGUAGCAGCUGAUGAUCAGACAGAAGAAGGAGUAUCCAUAAGCCUGUAUACAAAGCCCAGCCCAGUUCUUGAUCUCAAGGCAGAAUAUGUUGGUGUGACUUCUGUCAACUUAUCAUGGACAGUGAACGACACUGCUUCCAACUCCUACAUGUACAGGAUAGAGGUUGUAAGUGGUACUUCUGUUAUGAAGUUGACAUCCAAUGCCACUGAAGCUGCAAUUGCCGAGUUAAUCCCUGGGACAAUGUACAAUUUCACAGUGUUUGCAGUCACAGCUGAUGGUCAGACAGAAGGAGAAGGAGUAUCCAUAAGCCUGUAUACAAAGCCCAGCCCAGUUCUUGAUCUCAAGGCAGAAUAUGUUGGUGUGACUUCUGUCAACUUAUCAUGGACAGUGAACGACACUGCUUCCAACUCCUACAUGUACAGGAUAGAGGUUGUAAGUGGUACUUCUGUUAUGAAGUUGACAUCCAAUGCCACUGAAGCUGCAAUUGCCGAGUUAAUCCCUGGGACAAUGUACAAUUUCACAGUGUUUGCAGUCACAGCUGAUGGUCAGACAGAAGGAGAAGGAGUAUCCAUAAUGCAGUACACAAAGCCCAGCCCAGUUCUUGAUCUCAAGGCACAAUAUGUUGGUGUGACUUCUGUCAACUUAUCAUGGGCAGUGAAUGACACUGCUUCCAACUCCUACACAUACAGGAUAGAGGUUGUAAGUGGUACCUCUAUUAUGAACCUGACAUCCAAUAUCACCGAAGCUGCAAUUGCCAAGUUAAUCCCUGGGACAAUGUACAGUUUCACAGUGUUUGCAGUCGCAGCUGAUGGUCAGACAGAAGGAGAAGGAGUAUCCAUAAGCCUGUAUACAAAGCCCAGCCCAGUUCUUGAUCUCAAGGCAGAAUAUGUUGGUGUGACUUCUGUCAACUUAUCAUGGGCAGUGAAUGACACUGCUUCCAACUCCUACGUGUACAGGAUAGAGGUUGUAAGUGGUACUUCCGUUAUGAACUUGACAUCCAAUGCCACUGAAGCUGCAAUUGCCGAGUUAAUCCCUGGGACAAUGUACAAUUUCACAGUGUUUGCAGUCGCAGCUGAUGGUCAGACAGAAGGAGAAGGAGUAUCCAUAAGCCUGUAUACAAAGCCCAGCCCAGUUCUUGAUCUCAAGGCAGAAUAUGUUGGUGUGACUUCUGUCAACUUAUCAUGGGCAGUGAAUGACACUGCUUCCAACUCCUACAUGUACAGGAUAGAGGUUGUAAAUGAUACCUCUAUUAUGAACCUGACAUCCAGUGUCACUGAAGCCAAAAUUAUUGAGUUGAUCCCUGGGACAAUGUACAGUUUCACAGUGUUUGCAGUCGCAGCUGAUGGUCAGACAGAAGGAGAAGGAGUAUCCAUAAGCCUGUAUACAACUCCUGCCUUAGUGAAUUCAUUUCAGUGUGAACCAGUGCUCAAGGAGUCUUCUCUAAUGCUGAAGUGGGAAUGUCCUCCUGGUAACAAUUCUGGCUUCAAAAUUAAAAUAUUUAAUGAUACAUGGGAAAAAGAAGAACAGGCUCCAUCCUGCAUUGGAGAAGGCUCAGCAGAAAUUUUCACAACACCAUCUUUAGAUUAUUUCAGCACCUACACUGUUACUAUUGCAACUCUUUCAAAUAGUUCUGAAAGUGAUCCAGUGCAGAAAACGUGUAAUACAAGCAUUACUGACCCACCUCCUCCAAGCAAAGCUCCUUUAGUCAAGGCAGUCAGUCACAACUCAUUGUCUGUUGAAUUCUCUGACUUUGAGUCAGUGAAUGGACCAUUAAAAGCCUAUGCAGUAAUGAUCACAACAGAAGAACAAGGCUGUGGGUCUUUGAAGUCCAAAUUGAACAAUACAUAUGAAGAUUUCAAGAAGAAGAUGACGGUCACCUAUGUAACAUACGUCAUAGCUACAGAGCAGGCAAAAUCACCUUUUCCUUCUCAGAAUGGGACAAACAUUGUUAACGUAGGCAAUGGAGACAAACUGUGUGGCUACAAAAAUGGACCAUUGACUCCGCUUCGUUCAUACAGGGCAAGUGUUGCAGGUUUCACUAACAUAACCUUUAAUAUGGAUGGCAUAAUUGUGGCAGAAGAUAGUUAUGUAUCAUUUUCACCCUGUUCUGAGGCAGUUUUGCUACCACAGGAUCCAGGUGUUAUUGCUGGAGCCAUUAUUGGAUGCCUUUUAGCUAUAUUGGCUGUAGUCACUAUAGGGGGUUUCAUAUUCUGGAGAAGGAGAAGGAAAGAUAAAAGAAAUACCGAGGUGUCCUUUUCUCCAAUUAAAGUCAAGAAAUCAAAGAUGAUUAAAGUGGAGAACUUUGAAUCCUACUUUAAGAAGCAGCAAGCUGACUCCAACUGUGGAUUUGCUGAAGAGUAUGAGGAACUCAAAUCUGCUGGUGUUCAUCAGCCCAAAUUUGCUGCUGAACUUCCUGAGAACAGAGGCAAAAAUAGAUACAACAAUGUCUUACCAUAUGAUAUUUCCCGUGUUAAACUUUCAGAUCGGAACUCUGCAUCUGAUGAUUAUAUUAAUGCAAACUAUAUGCCUGGCUAUAACUCAAAGAAGGCGUUCAUUGCUGCACAGGGUCCUUUACCCAAUACUAUAGAAGACUUCUGGUGUAUGAUUUGGGAAAAGAAUAUCUACUCUAUUGUUAUGUUGACAAAAUGUGUUGAACAAGCCCGGACAAAAUGUGAGCAAUACUGGCCAGACAAGCAGCCCAAGAGCUAUGGUGACAUCAUUGUGACAAUGGUCUCAGAGAUUGUCCUUCCAGAAUGGACGAUAAGAGACUUCACUGUAGAAAAGUCCAACACAGCAGAGGGCCACACAGUGCGCCAGUUCCACUUUACCUCCUGGCCAGAUCAUGGAGUGCCAGAGACUACAGAGCUUCUCAUCAACUUUAGACAUCUUGUUCAUGAGUACAGCAGUCAAAAUCCAGUCGAAUCUCCUACUCUGGUGCACUGCAGUGCUGGUGUUGGGAGAACAGGGACAUUCAUUGCCAUUGACCGCCUGAUUCAGCAGAUUGAAAUGGAAAAUACAGUGGAUGUGUAUGGAGUGGUGUAUGAUCUUCGCAUGCACCGGCCUUUAAUGGUGCAAACUGAGGACCAGUAUGUCUUCCUAAACCAGUGUGUUAUGGACAUUAUUAGAUCCCUGAAAGACAGGAAAACCGACCUUAUUUACCAAAACAUGACAGCAAUGGCAAUCUAUGAAAAUGUCACACCUGGGCCAGGCUUUGGGAAGGCAAAUGGCUACCACACAUAGCCUGGGAGGAACUCUGUGUCUCCAGGGGACGUUACCUGCACAGAGGAAAGGGAGAUGUUCUGCUCAUGUUCUCUGGGACUGUGCGCACUGUCUUGUGUCUGGCUUCUCCAGUUCUGUCCACAUUUGAAGUUGUGAUCUGCAGGAGGAAAACCACAAUGCUGGCAGGAGCCACAGAUUGGUAUUGAAAAAGACAAAAAACCAAGCAAAACUAUUUGAAGUUAACAGAGGAAUCUUGCUUUUUCUUGGGAAUUUAACAGUACUGAUAAGUGAAAUAGCAUUUGCAGAAUGAGCAGUGAACUAGAAUUUAAAUAUUAAAAUAAUAACACAAGCUUUUUAUUACAAUUUUAUAUGAUUUCAUUUACAGACACCAGGCUUGUGGGCUGUUUUAAUAUAUUUAAUUAUAAGUUUCAGGAACAUAUUUUAUCUACUGUAUCUGGUUAGUUAAUAGGUAUGUGCCUCUGUGAUUUUUUUCUCUGUGUUCCUUUUUAUUUAAAAAAGGAGUACAAAGAGCUCCUUCAAAUGGACAUUUAUACUUGGAAAUUGUGCCUUUUCUAGUUGAUACUCUAGGAAAAAAAAAACAGCAGAGAUUUUAUUUUUGUACUCUUAAUGAGAACACAGAUUUUUAAAUAAGGCUUGUGUCAAACUUAACUGUAGUUGCACUGUUGGCAGGACUCUCCAGAAGUUUGGAGGUGAGCUUUGUUGUUGCAUUUCACCACAAAUAUCCCCUGCCUUAAUGUUUCAGUGCCUCUGCUAGAGGAAGAGGAGUGUGGUGUGUCACUCCCAGCUUUAACUAUAGUAAAAAAACUGAGCAAGUGAAUACGUGAAUGUGUGUGCAGGGAUGCAUGUGGGUGUGUAUGAAGGACAGAAUAGCUCCUCCCUGUUCCUGGCAGAUGAAUUCCUGGUUUUAUACAAUUUAUAAUGAUUUAUUUAAAGGUGCAAUAUAUGAUUUACUGAAUAAUGAUCACUCUAUUCUAAUAGAGUUUUACUCAGGUUGGUGUCUUUUUAUCAUUGUUGUUGUUUUUCCUCAAGCAUAUAAAUCUGUGAAAAUGUCGAAACCAAGGUUCCAAGUGUCCAAGCACUUCCAAACCAAUUGACUGGCUUUACUGUUUCUACCAAAACAAAUGGCACAAGAUUCUGCUGUAAAGACCAAUUUCUUGGUUGUUCUAGCCAUUCAAAACUGAGACACAUCUUACCUGCCUGCAUCUCAUUUAUCUAAUGUAAUUGUUUUAUAAUUAUUUGCAAUGUACUGCUGCUGUUGGUUUAACUGGUCCUUUUGAAAACAGAUCAAGCAAGCAGAAAGCCCCUAGUUGCUGAUUUUACAAGUCAAGGAUCAGAUGAGAUUUAUUUUGCUGGUACCUAACUGUCAGACUUACAAAGGCAUUGCCAAUGAAGGACUUCUUGAGUAGCUUGGGGGUGGGGGGUGUUUUUUGGUCUUCAGAUCAUUGCACUGGCUGCAUUGCAGAAGAAUAUGAAGUUUAUGAAUAAUGCUAUAGAAUAGCUCUAAAGCGGUGAAAAUCUUAUGAAGGUUUAAUAACCAGAGUCCCUGGAAUUCUGCUGCUUUUUUGUUUUGUUUUGUUCUUUUGUUUUAGGAGAGUUGUCAGAAAGAGCUACAGAUACUGGGAGUAUAUGUGGCAUUACAGAGGCACCUGGUGACCUCACAGAAUCCACUGUAAGCUGAAGGAAAAUGUAUGAUGCACAAACUGUAACUUUACAGAUAACCAGAGGAAUUUUUUACAAAAAUUGUGAAAUUGUGGUGUUCUGUGUGUGAGCAAAACUGGAGGAUAAACCACAGUGUACUUCAGCUUUGGUUUUGGGUUAGGUUUGGGGGAUAGGGGGUGGUGUUUUGUUUGGGGUUGUUUUGGGUUUUUUUGUAGUAGCCACUUGUGGGUUCUUAAUUAGUUUUGGGUGUUUUUUUCUCUGUUUCUUUGAAAUCCUUUAAAAAAUAAAAAAACCCCAAACCAACCAACCAAACAAAACCACAAGGUUAGUGAUCCUGCCCAACUCCAUCCAAGCUGGCAGUCCACACAGUGGAUCUCUCAUCUGGCAUUCUUCUUAAGCUGCUCUCAGAUGACAAAGAUAAACCACUUGGACCAAACAGAAACAUUCCAAAGGAACUGGGAGGGAGGAAAGUCUGCCCCUUUUAUUUUUUUUUCCUCUCAAUCUUUCAGUUACUGCACAUCUGCGCAGAGCACAGAGCCAGUAUUCAUUAAUCCAGGUUGGCCAAGAAGUUGCUGCCUUAGGGUGGCAAAUACGCUCUUGAUUCAGAAGGCCUUUGUGUAUAGCACGGAAGAGAGGGAGAUGAAUCUCCUAUGCUAGAUCAUGUGUUUGCAUUAUAUUACAGUAGGACAUCAGAAAACUAGCUAGAAUGGUGUGUGUUUCUGCCACAACCACUGCUCAGAUACUCUUACAGAAAACAAAUGUAUCUGUCUCAUUGUUUUGAUGUUGGAAGCAGGCACCAGAUUCUCAUUUGGAUCAUCAUCUAAUGAGUAUCCAUUUUUUAAUACAACUGUAUAUAUAUGUUUUCCCAAAACUGACUCAUUGUGAGAAGAGACUGAAGUUAGAUGUAAAUGACCUGCUGAUCCCAGGUAUGGGAGGAAAAAGUUGGUAAGGCUUAAAAUGUUGUAAUCGCAAAGGUGGCCAUAGUGUUGAUAUGAAUAAGCGGGAUGUGCCUCAUAGGAUGUUUCAGCAGGAUUACAGGUAAUGCUUUACUACUGCCGUGUGGAUCUGUCUUGGUCAAGGUGACUUGAAUCCCUGCAAAUACUUUUUCCCCUGCUUUCUGAUGUUCUCUGUCUUAUAACUGCUGAGGUUUGUCUCUUUGGUCACUGCUUUCUGUCCCUGUUGUUUAUCUAAAGCUACCCACUUGCCAGGCUGAAAGCCUGACUGUGUGGCAACUACAUUUCCUGUGUUUCUGUUCUUCUCUCUUUCCCAUUUGGGGCCUGCUUAAGAAGGGAAAUGUUGAUGUUUUUCAAAUAAGUGACUGUCGAAUAUCUUGAAAUGAUGUACAAAUUUUAUUGUUUUCAUAUUUGUUGUACAGGAAAUUUCAGCACAUGUCUAUAAUGUUUUUAAUGGUUUGAUUUGUUUUUAAAGAUAUAAAAAUAACAAUUAAAAUGCAUCAUCCUAGAGUA